UUUGUGAAAAAAAAACUGUAAUGUCGACAAUUGUAAAAGUUGAAAUUAAGCAAGAGGAAGAAUUAAAUGAAUUCCUCGAGGAGGAGGUUUUUCGUAACAAUGACUUCUCUGAAAUAAUAAAAGUGGAAUUUGAGAAAACUAGUUCUUUUAAUGGCAAAGAAGAAAGGAAAGUAGAGCAGGAAAAUGAAUCUGUUGGUGUUGUUUUGCACAAACCUGAGGAUUUCCCAUACACUAAUCGACCGAAAAUUUCAAGAGGUUUAGGUUGUGUCCAAUGUGGUACCACAAGUCCGAACAAAUCCGACUUUAAAAGACAUUUACUAACACACAAAGCGAGCAAGGAUUUAAAAUGUGCCCAUUGCGAUUACGCAACCAAUAUUAAAUACUACUUAAUAAGGCAUUUGUUAACACACAAGACUGCCAAGGAUUUAAAAUGUAUACAGUGUGAUUUUGCAACCAAUCGUAAAGACAAUUUGACAACUCACCUUAUGUCUGCGAACCAUUUUAAAUGUGUUCAGUGUGAUUUUGUAUCAUUUUACAAAUCCAGUUUGAAAACACAUCUGCUAAGACACAGUACUAUGAAAGAUUUCAAAUGUGCUCAGUGUGAAUAUGCAACCAAUAAUAAAUUCCACUUCAGAAGUCAUCUCUGGAUACACAAGAAGUUAAAAUGUGCUCAGUGUGAUUACUCAACCAUUAAUAAAGUCCACCUUAACAGUAAUCGCCAGGCACACAAGAUUUCUAUGGAUUUCAAAUGUAGACAGAGUGAUUCUGGGACGGACCAUAAAAGUUCUUUGACAACUCGCAAGUCUGCCAAGCAUUUUAAAUGUGUUCAUUGUGAUUUUGAUUUCACUUAUAGAUCCAGUUUGAAAAAACAUCUGUUGACACACAGGGUGAAGGAUUUAAAAUGCAAUCAGUGUGAUUACUUAACUAAUAAUAAGGUCUACCUACGAAGGCAUUUGUUAACACAUAGAGAUGAUACGGAUUUUAACUGUUCUUUGACAACUCGCAAGUCUGCCAGUCAUUUUAAAUGUGUCCAUUGUGAUUUUGUUUCCAUAUAUAAAGCCAGUGUGAAAAAACAUCUGUUGACACACAGAGUGAAGGAUUUAAAGUGCAGUCAGUGUGAUUACUUAACUAAUAGUAAUGUCUACUUACAAAAGCAUUACUUAUCACAUAGAGCUUAUAAGGAUUUUAAAUGUGCUCACUGUGAUUACGCGACUAAUCAUAGAGUGCGCCUUAUAGAUCAUCUCGUGAGACACAAUAUUUUUAAGUACAUAAAAUGUACACAGUGUGAUUAUGCAACCUACUGUGAAAGCACUUUGAGAACUCACGAGUCUUCCAGACAUUUAAAAUGUGGCCAGUGUUAUUUUGAAACCACUUACAAGUUCAGAAUGGACAAACAUCUGUUGUCACACAAGACAACCUAAAAGAUUUAGAAUGCACUUAAGGUGGAUAUGUAACCAGUAAUAAGUAUCAUUUUGUGGUGCUCUUUUCUCUUGACGCUAUUCUAAAACUCCCAAAUUUGCGGGUUUUUAGUAUAAAUUAAGAAUAAAUGAACUUUUGGCCAUUGCAGCGAUUUAUUUCAGCUUCGUUCUCCGUGUAACGUGGGGGUCCUGGUCAGGGUUCUACCAGAGACGAUCCGAUCAGGUGUCAUACCCUCGGAUUCAAAUUUUUUCAACGUUGCCACAAUGGCUCUUGCCUUUGUCAUGUUAGCAUUAGGGGUUGGAACCACAGAGUUGUAUAUAUGUAAAUAUACAACAUAUAAGUAAAUAUAUAAUUCUGGAACCCAUAUGAAAUAUAGGUUCUGGUUCUGCACUACUUAUGUAGAAUAAUUUUUUAAUGGUUCCGGUUCUGUGACUUCAGUCAUUUUCGGUUCCAGUUUUUUUUGUCGGUUUUUAAGGGUUCCAAUAUAAAUAAAUAAAUUUUUUUUUAGUA